CCGUAUUUGUGGGCAGUUAUGUUUUACCGGAAAUAUUUGUCAUCUUAGGCAGUGUGCUAGCGGGAAGAAGAGGAAAAGGAUCUAGAAGUAUUGGAGCAGGCUCUGGCGGAGAACAUUAUUUGCAAAAAGACUGUGAAGAGUUAGCAGUUUUCUUUAAUAGCAUUGCCAAUAUAGACAAUGAUGUUCAAGAAUUGAAAUUGUCAGUUAAUGAGCAAGAGUUUAAUACCAGAAAGAGUAGACUGAUGAAUAAAAUUCAGGAAUGUAUCAAUAAAUGUCAAGUUUCAGACUCUUACUCAAUAGCUAGUGUCUGCUGUAUAUGGAAUGAUUAUUUCGGAACUUUUCUUAAGAAAUUCUUAGACAAAUUUCAACAAAAAUUACAAUCUCAUCUUUCUACUAUGCGAACCAUUACUCCUAAGCAUCAAAGAGAAAUUCUAGAACUAGAAACUGAAAUUAAAGGAGCUGAAACUAAAUACAAUGAUGCCAUGACUAAGGCUGCUACUGAAACUGAUCCAGUUAAAAAAGCCCAAUUUAUUGCUACUGCUCAAGCAGCCGAACAAACCAUUAGACAAGCCAAAGUUAGACUUGCUAAUAAUCCUUUAUCUAAAUUAGCACAGUAUAGUUAUUUAAAUGAUCUAGGAAGAUUUAUUAAUGGUAAUAUUGGCGAUACUAAUCCUGACCCAGUAAAUCUGCCAGAUAAUACAUAUGUAGAUCCUAGCGGUUCAGGCACUGGCUCUAGUGGUGGCAGAGGUAAAGACCCUACUAGCGGAGGAUGGACUUCCUGA